AUGGAAGACUCAUUCUCCAGCAGCAACUGCACUGACAAAGAAGACUGCAUUUCUGAAUCCAAAUCAAACCUGAGCCUCUCUGUAGGUUAUUUCCCCUGGGAGGACAGCAUUGCCUGGAAGGACACUAAUACCUCUGAAGACAGGACUUCUGAGGGUUCUUCCUGCCACUUCCUUCCUGCUGCCCAAGAGUCAUGGGCGAUUAAAACUGGAAGGAUGCCCAUCAGGAGCGAAAAACAAAUUCAGGACGACCAAGAGCAGCUUUGUGAACUACCCAUCACCUGGGUCUUGGAUGCCUAUCUGGGCUCUGAACAUGAAGACUCAUGUCUAGCUACUUUGAAUCUAAAUGGAGACAACCAGAGAAUGGACAAGUUCCCACAGGAGAUGACAAAUCAGAUUCUCUGGGAACUGGAUGAUCUAAUGAAAAAUCUUAAGGCAUUUCUAGACAAUCAGAAAGAUGACAAAGACAAUGACCCUGUGUUCUCUGAUUCUCCUCUGGAUGAGGAUCUUCAGCUGUCCAGCACUGUCCCUUCCCAUGUGUAUCAAGUCAGUGAUAAAAACCAUGAAGCUUGUUAUGCCUUGCCCAAGUGUAAACCACCAGAAAUUGAAGACAUCAGUCAGUUUCUAGAAAUGUCACCCUGGCUAGAAGAAGAUGAACUUGCUGAGGUGAGCACAAAGCUGCCUCAGUGCAGAGAAAGGGAUAGGCCCAGUGGGGGUGCCAGGUUGGACAGCAUGGAGUCUAACUACCUUCUGUGA